AAUAUCAUAAUUGGCGCACUAUAUGGAGUAAUACUAGAUGACUAUUUCGAGAAAUAUGCUUGUUAUUUUUGUUUUCCUCUUCCUCGACAUCGUAACUGUGAGUAUGAUUCUACCAUGGAUGCCUUCUCUUUUAGAAACAUACGAGUCUGAAAAAGAAUGGUUUUAUAUUUUGUCCAAGAAAUAUGUCCAACACAUGGGUUUUGCUUUGGGUUUUCAAGAAGGUUCUACAUGGGACAGAGUAUUCAUUGGAGGCCUUCUAUCGUCAUUAUCAUCCUUGAUGCAAUUUGUUUCAUCUCCUGUAGCUGGGGCUUUAUCAGACUAUUUUGGUAGAAAGCCGAUCUUAAUUGUCCUUCAGGUAUCGCUUAUAAUCGUUAAUGUUUUCUGGUCAGCGUUAGGUAAGUCAUUUUUGUGGCUACUGAUAUAUCGUGUAUUAUGUGGUGCUGCACGAGCAAAUGUCGGUGUUGUAUCAGCACUUGUUGGCGAUAUCAGCAGUGAUACAUUGCGUACUAAAGGAAUGGCGGUUGUUGGUCUGGCUUAUGGUAUCGGAUUCACUGUAGGACCACCAUGCUCAGUUUUCUUACUUAGCCGGUGGAAAGUACAUACAUCAACUGAAUACUUGAGCUGUACGCUCGGUUCUACAUGUUUGCUCCUUAAUUGUAUAAAUCUACUAAUCUUGAUUUUCGCUCUGCCGAGUACAUUACAAAAGGGUGGAGAUAUCGGUCUAUUAAUCAAUCAAGCUGUACGUUUGAUAAAUCCUGCGAAGUUGUUCUCACUAUCUGGCACGACGAAAUGUCCUAAAUAUGAAAAAUCUUUGCGUCAUUUGGCAUACUUUUGGUGCGGCUACUUGUGCGUAUACUGCGGAAUAGAAUAUACAGUACUGUUUUUGGCUAGAAUUCGCUUUAAUUUCUCAAGCUCUGAUCAAGGCAAAAUGUUCGGCUUUAUUGGGAUAAUAAUGGUGCUAGUUCAAGGCUGCUUUAUACAUAGCUUCAAACUUGGUAGAGAAGACAAAGCCAUUACAUGGUAACUGCAGUAAUGAAUUUCAUAAGUGGGACGAAUGCAGUUAACCUGUAUUAAUUGCUUAGCUGUAAAAUGACAAUUUUUUCUGGUUAGGACGGUUUCACUAAAUAAUAACUUUGCUCGUCGCUCACCUGGAGUAUAGCAUCAACUGUCCCUACAGAUUUUGGUAAAAAUUAAAAGUUUCGAGAAAUCAUCAAUCGAGUUCUUGCUGUUUGAUUUUGGCGUCUGCCAUUUUCAGUUUCGCCACAAAUAUUUUCGUUUUCUACAUUGGACUAGCUUUAUAUGCAUUUGCAUCCUCCAUCUUUUUUCCGAGCGUAAACGGUUUGGUUUCUUUGUACACUACUGCAGAACAACAAGGACAAACGUUGGGUAUAUUCCGUUCAUUGAAUGCAUUGGCUCGUAUCAUGGGUGCGGUGCUUGUUAGUACAGUUUUUUGGAUUUAUGGACCCAUCAUAACCUAUAUGUCAUGUACUAUCCUCCUAGGUUUACUGCUUAUUUACAAGGAAAUUACUUUAGAAGUAACCAAAUGUCAGUCCGAACAAACAUACAAGGACGAGUGAAUUAUCAACAGACCAUGAGGCAGACUGUUGUAUACUUAUUACUAAACAAGUUUCUUUGUUAUUAAUUGAUUCACAUUAUCGCGUACCAUCACAGACAAUUUCCUAAAUAGUUUGAUAAAUGCUUUUGCUGUUAAAAUUAAUCAAAUCCUUUAGAAAUUAAAGCAGUGACUUAACAUGAAGAUUGUUUUUGGUAUAUAAGUUCACUUCCACUAACCUACACCUGUUACCCCUCAUGGAGAGAAUUGGCCGCCCAUCAGCAUUCUCAAUGCAACUCUGUCCUGGACAAUCCUUUCCAGUUGUUAUUCAUCCUUCUCAUGUCUGCUUCCCAUUGCCUACACAAUGUAUUUCUUGGUCUUGCUCUAUUCCUGUUCCCUUCACGAUUCCAAGUUAGCGCUCGCCUCCUGAUGCAGUUUGAUGGUUUCCACAAUGUAUAUCCUAUCCACUUGAGACGUCUUUUUCGAAUUUCCUCUUCAUCUGGAAUCUGGUUUGUUCUCUCACACAAUAGGCUGUUGCUGAUAAUAUCCCGUCAACCGAUCUGUAGUAUCUUGCGUAGACAGUUGUUUACAAAUACCUGUACUGUUUUGAUGAUGGUUGUGGUAGUUCUCCGCGUUUCAGCCCCGUACAGCAGAACUGUGUUGACGUUCGUAUAGCAGAUUCCGACUUUGAUGUUGCCCGACGGUUGUUUUGAGUUCCAUAUGUUCUGCAAUUGUAGGAAUGUGGCCCUUACUUUUCCAAUCUUCGCCUUUACGUCUGCACCAGUUCCUCCACAUUCAUCGAUGAUGCUGCUAGGAUACAUGAGAGUUUACACAUCUUCCCAGUUAUUUCUGGAGAGAAUGUGGAGCGUAUUUACAGAUACUUGUGUGUCUGACUUCAAUGCUUCAGCUGGCAUUUUGUCAGAUCCUGCUGCUUUCCCAUUCUUGAUUAGUCUGAUGGCCAUCCUGAUUCCUUCGAUUGUUGAUGGAGUAACAUCCAUAGGAAGGUGAACUUUUUCGUCUCUUACAAUGUAAGUACUUGGAAAUUGUUAUUCGUAAAUUAGAAGGGUGAUUUGGUAGAGGUCAGAAUUAUUUGUAGUAGUGUGAAGUCACCAUCAAUAUAAUACUAAUAUAACGGAUUAAAAAGUUGUAUGAAUAAAUGUAUAGUUGGAUAAUUUCGUCUUGUUAUUCGAGGUAAU